AUGUCCGACAACGAUUCUGACAAGGGCGAGUCUACCACCAAGGGUGACAAGAAGGGCCCUGUCUUCACCGAAAAGGAGGAGAUGGUCUUGAAGGCCGCCUGGCGCUGUCUUAAGUCCGGUCCUCCCGAGAUUGACAUGGGAAAACUCAUGGUGGCUGCCGGCUUUAACACCAUGAAGACCACCGCCAACACCUGGGAUAGGUUAUGGACUAAGAAGCUUUUCACCGACGUCGAUGGUAACGCUCUCCCCACUGCACCCAACACUCCCGCCAAGCCCAAGGCCACCCCUAAGGGCAAGAAGAGCGCUCCCGCAGCCACUCCCUCCAAGAAGCGCACCAAGAAUGCCGACAGUGCCGAAGCCGCGGAUGAUGACGAAGAUGAGGGCAGAUCUCUCAUCCGCAAGAGAACCAAGCUCAUCAAGGCUGAGGACUCUGAUGAUGACUGA